AUGGCAACUGAAAAUUCCACAAACAGUGAAGGGGCCGAACAGCUAAAGCUCUUAGCAAAUGAAGCCUUUAAAGCGCAUAAAUAUGCUGAGGCUAUUGAUUUAUAUACACAAGCGAUAGAAUUGAAUAGUAAGAAUGCGGUAUACUGGGCUAACCGUGCCUUUGCACACACCAAAUUGGAAGAGUAUGGCAGUGCAAUAUUGGAUGCUACUAAAGCUGUUGAAUUUGACCCCAAAUAUUCUAAGGGUUACUAUAGACGCGGUGCAGCUUAUAUGGCAAUGGGAAAGUUUAAGAUGGCACUCAAGGAUUUUCAACAAGUCAAGAAAAUAUGUCCGAAUGAUCCUGAUGCUGCCAAGAAAUUGAAAGAAUGUGAAAAAACUGUGAUGAAGCUAAAAUUUGAAGAAGCUAUUGCUGCGCCUGAAUCAGAAAGACGUUCAAUAGUUGAUUCUAUUGAUUAUCGUGCCAUAGAUGUGGAACCACAAUAUGCUGGUGCAAGAAUAGAAGACGAUGUUGUUACUUUGGACUUCGUGAAGAAAAUGAUGGAUGAUUUCAAGAAUCAAAAGUGCUUACAUAAGAGAUAUGCAUACCACAUUAUUUUGCAAACAAGAGAAAUGUUGCAAUCCUUGCCGGCUCUUGUCGACCUUAAUGUUCCUACUGGGAAGCACUUCACUGUAUGCGGUGAUGUACAUGGCCAGUUCUAUGAUUUAUUAAAUAUUUUUGAGCUCAACGGACUUCCUUCUGAAGAUAAUCCAUAUCUGUUCAACGGAGACUUUGUCGAUAGGGGUUCUUUCUCUUUAGAGGUCAUACUCACGUUGUUUUCUUUCAAAUGCAUGUCUCCAUCAGCUAUAUAUCUUGCUCGAGGAAAUCAUGAAAGCAAGAGCAUGAACAAAAUAUAUGGUUUUGAGGGUGAGGUCCAGUCCAAAUUAAGUGAUAAGUUUGUGGAACUCUUUGCGGAAGUGUUCUGUUGUUUACCUUUGGCUCAUGUUAUAAAUGAGAAAGUUUUUGUGGUUCAUGGAGGCCUUUUCAGUGUUGAUGGUGUGAAGCUCUCUGACAUAAGAAAAAUUGAUCGGUUCUGUGAGCCUCCUGAAGAGGGGUUGAUGUGUGAAUUGCUCUGGAGUGAUCCACAACCUCAACUUGGGAGGGGACCCAGCAAACGUGGCGUUGGUCUUUCAUUUGGUGCAGAUGUAACUAAAAGAUUUUUGCAGGAUAACAAGCUAGAUUUAGUAGUGCGUUCUCAUGAAGUGAAAGAUGAAGGUUAUGAGAUUGAGCAUGAUGGUAAACUUAUCACUGUGUUUUCUGCUCCAAACUACUGUGAUCAGAUGGGAAAUAAGGGUGCAUUUAUUCGUUUUGAAGCCCCUGAUCUGAAGCCAAAUAUCGUCACUUUCACAGCAGUGCCACACCCUGAUGUCAAGCCAAUGGCAUAUGCCAAUAACUUCCUUCGAAUGUUCUCACCUCAACACAAAAUGUGCUGUUCAUUCUCAUUCUUCUCUCUUCUACUGCUCAUUUCUUUUCUUUCAAUCUCUUCUGUCUCAACAAAUCGAAAUGCAAGCGAAAGCCAUCCCGACAAGAAUUUGUUUUCUAGCGACAUGAAUCCACUGGAACUAGAAACCUUGUUCAAGAUUAUGGAGUCUGUGUCAUCUGACCAAAACUGGAGAAUUUCACACCCAAAACCAUGUAAUCCAGGGUCUUCUUGGCUGGGAAUUGAGUGCAAAACAGGAAUUGAUAACCAUUUUCAUGUUACCAGGCUUGAUUUUGGCACCCCACCAAAUCCAACUUGCAAGAACACUGCCAUAUUCCCUUCAGAAAUCUUUGAACUCCCAAAUCUUGAAUCAAUUUUCAUUUUCCAGUGUUUCUCUCACACACAGACAGCAAUUUCUUUUCCCAAAAACAAGAUUUCCAGUUCUUUACAGCAGUUUAGUUUGAGAGAAAAUUCGGCACUUAUUGGCUCAAUCCCACCUAAAAUUUCUUCUCUUAAAUCUCUUCAAAUCCUCACAUUGUCACAAAACAUGCUAACAGGGCUAAUCCCGGUUGAACUUUUCAGUUUGAAUUCUCUUUUACACCUUGAUUUGAGUUAUAACAGGCUCACAGGCAUGAUCCCGGUCCAAAUUAGCAAUCUCAGGAGCCUUUUAGGCCUGGAUUUGAGCUAUAACAAGCUGACAGGGACAAUACCUGCUGCAAUUGGCCAGCUUUUGGUUCUUCAAAAGCUGGAUUUUAGCUCUAAUUCUCUCACUGGAAGCAUUCCAGACAACUUUCAGCAGCUGAAUUCUUUAAUUUUCUUGGCAUUAAGUAACAACAAAUUACGCGGGAGGUUUCCUAGGGGCCUGAGGGAGCUUCAAAAUCUGCAGUACUUCAUAAUGGAUGACAACCCAAUGUUCGUAACAUUGCCCCUGGAAUUUGGUCAUCUCAGAAAAUUGCAAGAACUCAGGCUUGCCAAUUCGGGAUACUCUGGCAGAAUCCCUCCAAUUUACUCACAGCUAACGAAUCUAAGCGCCCUUUCGUUGCAAAACAACCGAUUAACCGGUGAAAUUCCAACCGGGUUUGGCAAUCUGUCUCAUAUAUAUCAUCUGAACUUGAGCAGAAACUUUCUGGGUGGUAUUGUUCCUUUCAAUUCAAGUUUCUUGAAAAGGCUUGGCAGAAAUUUGGAUCUCAGUAGCAAUCCAGGGCUCUGUUUGAGUCCAUCAGAAGCAUUUGGUGUCAAUGUUGGAAUUGAUGUUUGUGGAAGUAACAAAACUGCAUCUUCUAUAAGGCCAUUGAAGAAUUCUGAAGCUCCAUUUCAAUGCCCUAAACCAUUUAUUCUUACUAUUUUUUGGGUUUUUCUAGCGUUGCAUCACAUAUAG